UCGUGGUAAUCGUUACAUCGAAAAUAUAUUUCUAAGAGGAAAGCAAUCGAGCAAGAUCGACGGAAAAGGAGAUAUCUCGCGUUAAGAGAGAAAGAAAUCGACUUAAUAAAGAGAUUUGUCUCGUGGAAGCGGCGAAAGUCAAUUUCAAAUCGACGUAGAUCAACGACCCUGCGAGCAAGGAUGUCCCAUACGUGCACAUAACAGCGUGCAUUGUGCGAGGUCGCGUUGGAAAGGGGGAGGAAAGUGGGGAAGCCGGCGUAGAUUUUGUGUCAAUAGCAUUAAUAGUGGGAGGGGACUGCGGCACGAGUAGCAGAUCAAAAAUCGAAUGUAUAUUCGGGGGUGGCCUUAGCCAGCACUGAAUGAAGAGGCAGCUGACAGAGGCCGAGCCCCCCUGCGAUACCUCGAUUUGGGCAGAGGCCGACCAAGACCGUGUGGGCUUUUGUAACUAAGGGUAGCGCAUACCCCUCCACCUUCGCCAAAAGACCCCAUUCUACGUAGUGCAGUAUUGUACUACUUGCAAGUUCGCUUGUGAUUUUCAGUAUGGUGUGACCCCCGCUUCUUCCCUCGUCCCCUCUAGCACCAAUAGACAAGCCUGAAAGUUCUCUGGAAAACCAAACGGACAAACCAUUCGCUUUUCGAUUCGGUUACACUCUGUACCGUAAAGGGAAAAAGACUGCAAGUAGCAGUAUUAGUUUUGCCAGCUUUACGUACUGACAACGUGAGGAUUAAAUGCGCGAGUCGGCGAGAAAACUCUACAUCAAGUUUAUCUAGCUAUUUGUGAUAAUAAUGUGAUUCCAGUGUAUCAGUGAGUGAAUCAAAUUUGUGCCGCUUCGUCUAGUGGAUAGAAAAAAAAAACAAAAAAACAAGAGUGUGUUAUAUGCAUUCUCGUGGGCGCGUGUAAUGUGUCGGCGUGUGUAAUACGUUAUGUGUGUGUGCGUGUAUGAGCGCGCGCGCACGCUUAUAAAUUGCUGUGAUAUAAAUCUUUAUGUAACAAUAUGCAAUCGAAUCCAAAUAAUUAUUGGCAGAACUAUUCGAGCGAGGAAGAUCUCUCUCUCAUAUUUAGAAAUGAGCCAUUUCAACAGUCAUCACACCAUCCACCGCAUCAUCCAUCGCAUCAGUUAUCGAGCCAACAACUGCAGCUAGAUUCAUUUAAUUAUGCGCCACAAUGUGUGCCGAAAACGACCAGUUUAUUGGAAAAGGCUCUAAUCCACGGCAAGAAAGCUAUAACGGGAAGUUACUACGCAAAUCCAGGCAAAUAUUCACCGACUUUCAAUUCUAACAAUCAAAUUAUUUCGCGAGAUUGGGAAACGUCUCCGUCCUCGUCAUCUAAUCAAACAUCACCGACCAUUGCCGAGUGUAACCAAUCUCUUGUCAAUUUACACGAGCCAUAUCAACAACAGCAAAUUUUUUAUGAACAAAAUUACAUCGAUCAUUCCGGCAGUUACAAUACCUCGAUUUCCAUAUCAAGUCGACCAAGGAUACAAGCCUCGUAUCACCAAACCAUAUACUCACGGCCACAACAGGAAACAAACUGUAACAAUAACAAGUACAAACUAAGAAAUAGAUACAGAGAUGUAAAUAAUACAGACGAACGAAGACAGCACACUUCUUUCGACAGUUCCACGUCAUUUGCGUGGGUAAAUAGGACUAACGCUCAUCAAACAAACGGAAUGGAGCAGAAACGCACGAGGCAAACCUACACACAGAAACAAACUUUGGAAUUAGAAAAGGAGUUUCAUACCACUCAAUAUCUCCCGAAACAACGUCGCGAACAGCUAUCUUCGAUCCUAAAUUUAUCAGAACGACAGAUUAAAAUUUGGUUUCAAAAUCGGAGAAUGAAAGCUAAGAAAACGAAAAAUGAAUUGCAAAAUGAUUUCUCUUCAAUUACGACUACACCGAUAAAUGAUUCGACAUCCGAUGUAUUAACGAUUCCACGAGAACAAACAUCGCAUCUUACGCAACAGCCGCAACUGCAACCAACUCUGCAACAAUUUGAUGCAGCAUAUCAGAAUUAUUUUAACAUGCAACCUUAUCAGCAAGACCUGUCUCUAAUGCAAUAUCACAAUCUCUGAAAAUCUCUAAUGAGAAUAUCGAAGUAAGACAAUGCAAUAUUCAAUGAUUAAAUAGAGAACUGUUGCAAUGAAGACCGAUGUAGCCAGGUAAGACUUACGGCGUUUCGAAGUCAGUUGAGAUAACCUUCAGAAACGCAGUAUGUCGAACUCGGAACACACAGUUGGUCCUUCACGCCGGUUCGUAAAGAGGGAAUGCUGCGACGACCGAGAUCGGGGCAGCUGACCUUGCAUCACUAUGAUUUAUGGACGAGGCGAAACAACGAGCGUUCUACAGCUCAGGUAUCAAAAAAGCUCGGCCGUUCACACUGCAUUUUCUUCGAAACAUUCCUUUAAUAAUAUUGCAUUUUACGGGGAAAUAUUUGCACACGUCAUUCUCAAAAAUAUUUGGACAGAUAUUGCAAAAUUCACAAACAAUUUGAUUAAUGACAAUACUCAUAUUCGGCAGCUCUCAUUAUCGCUUAAUAUACAUAGUAAGUUGAGCGAUACGUGUAUAAUUUUUUUUGUUCUACUAAUUUAUU